CCACACACCUUAAACACAUUUUCAGUUGCAUGGGAAUACUUUCCUCCUGUGUUUGUUCUUCUAAUUAAUCGUGUGAAAAUGAUCGGUUUGGUGACAUUGGCAGAGCGUUGACAUGUCCACGGGGCAUGAGGGGUGAGUUUAAGAGUGAGAGGAAGAGACACCAGACAAUCAGACGGAGGAGCAACGAGAAACCAGAACACAUCUGUGGUCAUAUUCCAGCUAUGGAGAGUUAGUGAAGCCUGAGUCAUGCGUCCAGCUGUGGUAACCGCUGUCCUGCUGUUGGUGGGCGUCCUGGACGCCGUGACGGCCCAAGACAUGCCUUCAGCCCUGGGCUUUUGUGAACGCUACCCAGAUAUGCCGUGUGAUGGCGGUUGGAUCCGCAUCGAUGACAAACGCUGUGCUAAAUUGAUCGAAACAAAAAAAACUUUCCAGGAUGCACACGAACACUGCGAGAACACCUUCGACGGUAAUCUGGUGUCGCUGCACGGCGAGGACGAGAUGAUAAGCACGCUUUGUAUGACCUUACGCGCUGACCCUCAAAUCCAAACUGUUUGGAUUGGAGGCAAAAAGUCAGGGGGAGUCUUUACAUUCAACGAUGGAUCUAAAUUCAACUACCCUGCCUGGAAGAUCGGUGAGCCGGACAACGCUGGUGGAGACCAGGACUGCGUCGAGGCGGACAUGACGAUGUGGGGAUUCUGGAGCGAUGCACCUUGCUCAGAGGUGAAUUCCUUUGUAUGUGCCAAGAACAUGUGAUCAUCACCAGCUGAUGUCACGUGUUCAAUCAGCGUUGACAUCGACAGCUGAUCAGCUGAUGUGCUGCAGAUGGACUUGGUCUGUUUCCUGAUAACCACUGCAAACACAAAACUCUUACAUUUACUGCAAUAAACGCUUCAGCAUUCA